CACGGAAACGGAGAAGACGCCGCCGCCGCCGCCGCCGGCGUCGAUGGAGCCGACGAACCUGUACCCGGUGAAGCUGUACGUGUACGACCUGUCCAAGGGCCUGGCGCGGCGCCUCAGCCCCAUCAUGCUGGGGAAACAGCUGGAAGGCAUCUGGCACACCUCCAUAGUUGUUCACAAGGACGAGUUCUUCUUUGGCAGUGGAGGCAUCACCAGCUGUCCGCCCGGAGGGACACUGCUUGGGCCUCCUGACUCAGUGGUAGAAGUAGGGAGCACCGAAGUUACCGAAGAAAUCUUCCUGGAAUACCUGUCUUCCCUAGGGGAGUCCCUGUUCCGAGGUGAGGCCUACAAUCUCUUUGAGCACAACUGUAACACAUUCAGCAACGAAGUGGCCCAGUUCCUGACUGGAAAGAAGAUCCCCUCCUACAUCACAGACCUUCCGUCUGAAGUCCUCUCCACGCCCUUCGGACAGGCUCUGCGGCCUCUCCUGGACUCCAUCCAGAUACAGCCCCCUGGUGGGAACACCUUUGGCAGACCCAACAGCCAGAGCUAACGGGCCUGGGAGGGAGGGCCUCGCCUCGCCUCACCUCACCGCCACCGCCGACUCUCCAGGGCUUUUCCUUUUUAAAAAAACAAACCCUACCAGAUUUCUAUUUUAUAAUUUUACAUCAGAGCUAACCACCAGGGGACGGCUUUUUAAAUUUCCCAGGGAAGGAGAUCACCGGGCUGUAUGUAGGACAAUGCUGCUAACAACCAGAAUCAACGCCAUCCCUUCUAACAGUAUUAUACUAAUUUAUUAAGGAUGUCUUGUCUGUGAGUUCACUUUUGACACUGUUGGCUAAGCGUCCCCCACUCCACAGAAGGGGGGGUUGCUGAACCAGAAGAAGGCAGGGCCCCUCGGGGCAGGCCAGGCUUCCAGGGCCAGGGACACGUUGCCCAGCUCGAGGCCCUUGCCCAGGUGCUCCCGGCGUGGGGAGGCAGGUGAGUGGUGUGGCGGGCCAGGCUUCUAUAGGUUGUAGGGGGAGCCCCGAUGGCUUUGUUGUCUCUGGGCUGGAGGGGCAGGAGUCAGGGCUGACUGAAUAGCGAACUCAGGAAGGAAGGAGACGGGCAAGCCAUAGAACCACAAAGCCAUGGCCUGCACCUCCUCAGACCUUGUUUAGCCUCCCGCCUCCCGCUUUGUGUGGAGCCGCUCCUGCUUAGCGCAGGCCUCUGACCUCUCACUGAUCCAGCAGCCUUGAUGACCCAGCCCCCCCACACAUAGUCAUAUCUAGGCAGCCAGGCAGAGCGCUCCCCAGCCUCAGGCAGUGUGCUCCAGGCGUCCAAAGAGGAGCCCCCUCUUUAGGUGGCAAGUGAGGUUAGCGCUGUGUGUCUGAUAGGAAUCCUUCCACUGUCCCAAUAGCAUUUUGAAGACACACUUGAGUUUCUUUGCGUCAUGGACCUGGCUGCAGGAGAGGCGGGGGCUGGGUAGAGUGGAGCCCCCUUCUGAUUGCCUGGGAGGAAUGGGUCUGAAGGAUUCUCGGAUCCCCCUUCUUUCUGAGCCCUCCCAGGCUAUAAGUGCAAGUGGGCGCCUCAGAGCACGCUGCAGCCAGAACCUCCAGCCUGCCUCCAGCACUCCCUGCUGCCUCAGCCUGCUGGCGGCGGCUCAAAUGUUGUCUUCAUCUCGAUGCGUGACCGCCACCACCCCUAAAAGUUAGUAUUCUCUCAGUUCUUAGAGUCUGGCCUCUCUCAGGUGUUACACAUGUGACCAGAAGUGUCUCAGGGACAGCCAGGUGUGAUGUGGUAGGGUGUGCUGGUCCAGCAAGAGCAGCCCAGUUCUCUCGGAGGCCCGGCUCUUGCCUAGGGGUCUGGUCCUGGGGGAGCAGGGCAGGGCCCUACAGGGACCAGGAGCUGAAGGCUUGGGGCCCACCAGGAGCCGCUGCUUGGCAUCAUGGCAUCACGCCUCCCCACUAAGCUGCUUUUGUUCCGUCCAGAGGCAGGAAUGCAGUAGCCCCUUCCCCAUGCCUGGAAGCACUGAACACCUUUCAGCCUUCCAUGGGAGGGAGAUUGGGGGAGUCACCGCCACCCUCUGGUGGGCUGGGGGGGCACUCAGGGCAAUGGGCACAAAAGCAGAUCACGAGCUUGGAAGCUAGUGUAGACAGCUGCCUUGUGAAGGGGAAGCCCUAUGUUGGGGGGGGGGGUUGGUUGAAGAAAUUGGUUUUUAAUAGUUAUUUUUUUCAAUUGAGCAUUUAUGUUCUUUCCCUCUCACCCCCCUCCACUGAAGAAGGAGGGGAAGAGUCACUUUAACAGUUAAGCAUUGGUGCACAAAACAAAUCCCCACAUUGUCCGUGGUCAAACAUACAUGUCUCAACCUCUGUCCAAGUGGCAGCUUAUUCUCAUGCACCUUGAUGGAUAACUAAGUGACCAUUGAAUUCUUGAAGCUCAGGCACUGGUCAGCGCUGCUCGGCCUCCCCUCCCCCCAGACUCAGGACUGUGCCCUCUGUGACUUGCCUGGCCCAUGAGGCCGCGCGGGUCUCAGGAGGGGGGCGAGCCGUCGGGCCGGGCAUGUUACUGCACAGGACCGCAGACAUGCUUCCCCCUUCCUCAAAUGAAAUGAAGCCUGUCCUCUGCCAUGUCCCUUUUCCCCUCAAGUAAGCCAAGUGAGUAACCGUUAUCUGGGACGGAGGUGUUUGCUAGCUGAUCUGUUUCUAUAAUGCAAUAAACUUGUGUGUCCUGUU